AUGAUAUUGGAUUUUUCCAUAUUUUUCCCACCGGAAACCUACCAGAUCCUCCUUCCGCAGGCCUUCUGCGAGGUCGAGCCCGAGAGUUGCUUCGCCGCGACGGCGCUGAGCGGCUGCGCGCUGCAGAAGCCCUGCUGGCCGCUGGAGGUCGACGACUGCGUCAUGGACCGACGGGAUGGCAACGGGGAUGGCUACGAAGAUGCUUCGGAUUGCAUGGGAGUAGCGCCCGGCGGCUCCUGCUUCGUUCGCUGCAAGGCACCUUACCAAGGGACACCGGGCAUCGCACAAUGUCCUCCGGAGAACACAGAUCCCUGGGCCACCGUGGCUUGGGGAGCCGAGCUUCCGAACUGCAGCUUACCUUCCUGUCCGGAUCCUGUCUCGGUGCCCAGGAGCUAUGCACAGGUGAAUGGUCAAUGGACCUGCGCAGCCGGCUUCGCAGGAAAAGCCGAGGUGCUGUGCAGACAUGGUCCCGACUGUCAGCCAUCAGCUGGAGAGCUGGCGGGCUGUGGAAAUCCUUCGGCGUGCUCUGCGCCAACAUCGCUCACCUGCAGCGUGGACAUGAGCGACUGCGCCACGGUCCUCCCCGGACAGACCUGCCAUGUUCAUUGCGCCUAUCCCUUCCAGGGCCAGCCCACAGUGGCGGAAUGUCCUUUGGACAACUUGGACCCUGCGGGCUUACGAUGGAGACCCCCAGCUUGCACCCAAUUUUGCCCGGAUCCGGACCUGUCGGCAGUUCCACCAGGCUACUACAAGACAGGUGCUGGUUGGGCUUGUGCACUGGGCUAUCGCGGAACUGCACAGAAGAUCUGUUCCAUGGAUGAUCGUUGCAUGCCAACAGCCACCAUCCUGGAGGGAUGUGCCGAAGAGGUACCUUGCGCCACUUUGCCACAGCAAGCUGCUUGUGGUUUCGAUGUCUCCGACUGUGCCGCAGUUCCGGCAGGCGGGUCCUGCGAGGUGCGGUGCAAGGCUCCGUUCUUCGUGGGUCCAACGUCACAGGCCUCCUGUCCGAAGACCAACACGGAUCCGCAGCAAAUGUUGACCUGGAUUCCUCAAAUCUGCAGCAUGACGUGCCCACCCGCGACCUCCCAAGAGGGUUAUCUCUGGAGCGUUGCCGCGGAGAGCGACGAUGGGCAGUGGAUCUGUGCACCGGGAUGGACGGGGCAAGUGCAGGUGGUCUGCAGCAUGGAGAACUGCGACGUGUCUCCCAGCACCUUAACGGGCUGCGUGAGACUGCAGACCUGCACGGUGCCUGAAGCCGAUCCGUGUCUCUAUACCUUCGACUGCGGACGUGAAGCGCCUGGAGACACCUGCCUGGUGCAAUGCCGGUCACCAUAUGUGGGUCAGCCCACGGUUGCGAAAUGUCCGGACGGAAACACGGUGGUGCAGCCGUUGGAAUGGACGCCCCCCAGCUGCGAAUGCCCAGAUCCCUCACCCAUUCCAGAGGGCUAUCUGAAGUCUGAAGAAGGUUGGCAUUGCGCACCUGGCUUCGUCGGCCAUGCUGUGAAAAGCUGCAACUCCACCCGCACCUGCUUCUCUGCGCCCAAGCUGUGGGGCUGUGCCAAAGUGCACGGCUGUUUGCCCCUGGAUUUAGACAACUGCGAAUACGACUUUUCGAACUGCAGCGACGUGCAGAGUGGUGAAUCCUGCGAGAUCAAGUGCAAUCCUCCAUAUGUGCUGGCGGAAGGCGGCAACGGCCGUGCCGAGUGUCCGGCGGAGAACGUGAAUCGCUUCGAACGGAUGAGUUGGACGUUGCCCUCGUGUCGUUUGGAUUGCCCUGAGAUCAACCCGGUGCCGGUGGCGUAUCAACGCCUGAACGGCAGCUGGGUUUGUGCUGCGGGCUAUGCUGGUUCUGUGCAGGUGGAUUGCUACCUCAGCAGCUACUGCUCUUCGGAACCGAGCUUGGAAGGAUGCAACAAGGAGGACAUUGCCAGCAGAGGAAUACUGUGGUGUUCCAUGAUCAAAACUAGCCAUGUCAAAGUCAGGCACAGUUCAAUGAAAGUGAAGCCUCAAAUUAUCCCUUUGAACCCUUAUUCGAUGAUGAAGCAUUGCGGUGGUAAAUCUCGACUGAUGUUCAAAAACAAACAUUUGAAAGUUACUCUGCAGAAACAUCAAAACUUGCCAUAUCAAAAUCAUCACACACAACCAAAAAAUACAAAAAUUGCACCAUUCAUUAAAAAGACCAUCUAA